CGUCGACAUUCACAAAGUCAUUCACAUCGACCAUCCUUAGGCCGUCUCUUAACUACUCUUCAACAUCCUAUUUACACAGGCAUAAUGCCUGCAUCUACAACGACUGCUACGAUCAAGCACGUCAAUCUCUUUUCUCAACCAAAGGAUAACACCGACGGCACCCCUGCACUGAAAGAUGUAUCCAGACAUUCCCCACUCAUUUCUCUUCCCCCUCUCGAUUAUUUACAACAGCAUCGUAGGGGCUCUAUCACAGAUCCAUCUCUACACGCUGCCUCGGCAAACUCGUCUGCAGCUUCCCGUCAUAUAGAUGGUAUUGAUUCUGCUUCCCGUGCUAUCAUCCAUGUUCGUCGCUAAUGCCCUGGCGUCCUCUCAGGACCACGUCCAGCUGCUAACUACACUUUCGGUGAUGGCGGAGGCUCAAUGCACAAUUCCGAGUCUUCAAGUAAACAAAUGCGCAAGAUAUUGCGUUCUCCAUCUACAGAAUGGGAGCCUGCAAAGGGUAUUGCACCUCUACAGACAUCACUUCCUCCGAACGGGGGAACUAAAACCACCGAUCACAUGAACGUGGACAGCAGUAAUGAGAAACAAUCGCCCAGAGUUAAUACACGACAAGCAGACGACAGUGAUCACAGUUCACGAAGACAAUCGAUUGCUAAUUCUUCGGAUUCCCAAAUGCCACAUGGAACGAAACGAAAGACGUCUACUUACAGAGAAGCCGAUACAAGUGACGACACAGAUUCGCAACUGGUAGGACCUGGGGUACCUAGUCCCAUGAACAUCGAUUCAGAAGGACGCGCACAAAAACGGCGAGGAUCGACCAUUGAAAUGAGCAGGAUAGCCCAGCUGAGCAUAUAUGACCAGAGGCGACAUUCAGUGCAUUCUGGAGCGAUAGCGUCAAGAGCGGGCACAGGAGUAUCAGGAGGAAAUGGGCACUGGUGGUUGAAUGAGAGACGGGAUUCCUUACCACCGUCGUUCCCAAACGGGACCACUAGUGGCUACCCCUCGGCAUUAUCCGGCGAUCAGCCACAUGGUCGACCUGCUGCACCCUCGACGCCAGGCAGCAUGGCGACUUUCGCGUGGUCUGCAGCACAACACCCGGACGGUUCGCAAGAUCCUAAUAUACAGCACCACCCCCGUUCUUUCGAAACACAACCUAUGCAGAUGACCAUGAUGCCCCCGAUGACAUUCCCGCCAGACAGGCGGAUGUCAGUGCCAGAAGGCUCGACUUCUACAAUAGGACCGACAAGAAAUAUUCGCUUCGCGGUCCCGACCUCCAUCGCCCAGACUGUCACUCCUGCUGUAGGGCCUGCGCCACCUGCGGAGGAGCCUUGUUCGGCUCCUUCUCCGUCAUCUAGCCUGAAACCGCCGAAGGAGCCGGGAUCUACACCUUACUCUCGUUCACCCGAGCUGCGAGUUUCUCAUAAGCUUGCCGAGCGAAAGCGACGGAAAGAAAUGAAAGACCUAUUUGAUGAGCUGCGGGACCAGCUACCCGCAGAUCGGGGCAUGAAGGCGAGUAAAUGGGAAAUACUUAGCAAAGCUAUCGACUUUGUUACCAAUUUGAAACAAAGUCACCAAGACAUGGUUCGUGAGAUCGAGAUGCUGAGACACGAGCUGGAAAGCAUGAGACAAGGCAUACCAUCUUUUGGUCCAGGAGCACCACCCCCCCACGCUAUGGUGUAUGGACAGGGCACAUCAGUUCCAGGACCAUAUCCACCACCUCCAGGAGCGAUCUCUCAUCCUCCACCGCACACGCAUCAGCAACCGCCCCAUCCGCCUCAGCCACGGCCACCAUCGUCGGAGAAUCCAUAUCCGACAGCACCCACCACCCUUUCUUCAGCUCCAGCAGGAGCACCACCAGCGCCAACUACCAAUGGUAUGGCGAGCAUACCAACGAACAAAUCAGAGGUACAGCCGAUGUAGUUGGUAGACCUAUCCUGGCCUCCCCUGGCCUCUUUCCCUCUGCUGAAUCCUACGAUUUCUUUAAGUUACGAGCUUGUGAUUAGCAUGGUUGUUCUCAUUUUUAUGGACAAGUUUUCACGGUCACAUGAAGUGUACAUAGUCUUCUCCUUAGGUUAUCCUCUCCUCGCAAUUGUUAUGAUGACUAUCAAGCAUCCUUCAUAUCAUCAUCUGCAUGGAUCAGGUAUAGGAGAAAGACG